CGCAUGCGCAGUUUGUCUCCUUCACUUUGUCCCGUUAGCAGCAGUUUAGUGUCAAAUCUGAAACACAGGACAGCCAAAUCCUUCUGCUUUCCUUUCGCUUCGUCGUUUUGUUUGCCUCAACAACAGCGUCCUCGCCUCCUUGUCAGUAGCAUUAAAGGGAUAGUUCACCAAAAAAAGAAAGUUCUGUCAUCGUUUACUCUUCCUCCACAUUGAGUCAAAAUGGCCGUUCCUCCUGCAUACUCGGACUUGGGAAAAUCUGCCAAAGACAUUUUCAGCAAGGGUUACGGAUUUGGCAUUGUUAAGCUGGACCUCAAGACUAAAUCUCAAAAUGGAGUGGAGUUUAACACAUCUGGAUCAACCAACACGGACACGGGAAAAGCCGCCGGGAGUUUGGAGACCAAGUAUAAGCUGAAGGAUCUGGGUUUGAGUUUGAACCAGAAGUGGAACACGGACAACAUGCUCACGACUGAAGUCUCUGUGGAAGACCAGCUCGCGGAGGGGCUGAAAGUGGCCCUGGACACAUCUUUUGUACCGAACACCGGCAAGAAGAGCGGUAAACUGAAAACCAGCUACAAGCGGGAGUUUGUCAACGUGAGCUGUGACCUUGAUUUCGAGGGUCCGGUCGUUCAUUCUUCGGCCGUUUUGGGAUACGAAGGCUGGCUCCUGGGAUACCUGGUGGCGUUUGACACAGCCAAAUCCAAACUGGUGCAAAACAACUUCGCUCUGGGAUACAAGACUGGAGACUUCCAGCUUCAUACUAAUGUUAAUGAUGGUGCAGAGUUUGGUGGAUCUGUGUAUCAGAAGGUCAGCGAUCAGCUGGAGACGGCCGUCACUUUAGCCUGGACCGCCGGCAGCAACAACACACGGUUCGGAGUAGCUGCGAAGUACCAGCUAGAUAAAGAUGCCUCGUUGUCUGCUAAAGUGAACAAUGCGAGUCUGAUUGGAGUUGGUUACACUCAGAGUCUUCGACCAGGGGUGAAACUGACUCUCUCGGCUCUCGUUGAUGGGAAAAACUUCAACACCGGCGGACACAAGGUCGGACUGGGGUUUGAGUUGGAAGCGUAAAACAGAAGAAGUCCUCACUUCCUCUCUCAUUGCCCUUCUACACCACAUCACACACACACUAGCACUCCACGACUCCAACACUUAGCAGCAUGUUGACGGUUUUCGCAAGUCUGUGUGUGAUUCGCUGAAAGAUCUGGCCUUCUAUGGGAAAUAUCUGCUGGUCACCUAAUUUAUUUAAUAAAGGCCGUAUAUUUACAGAGCCCCUGCAGCAAACCAAAAUACACAAGUAGCGGUAGAUUAGCAAGCAUUGGGGAAUGUUUCUCUGGGGACGUCGACGCAUGCUAAGCACUUAGGUUUCGUAGCGGAGGUCAGAAAAACUGCAUGAUGGUAGUGGAGGUUGUUUCUCAGGACGGCUGUUGUUAGUGUGACGUUGCACUUCUUGGGUUUUAGGCUUUUGAAAGCGCUCACAGGAAACCGAAGAGACAGCAGACGCGCGUGUAUUUUUAGAGCUUGCAACACUUUCUUUUACAUUCAUUGAUGGUUAGAGAGCAGCUCUGUAUUGUGGAGGAAAUGGCAAGCAGAAAGCCACUUCAAAUGGAUUCUUGUGAGAAACUUGAGCAUAUUAUAUUUAUAAUAUACCAACUGCUUUACGUCUAUAUUAAUAUUACUGUUUGCUUAUAUAGCUAUGGAAAACAAUAUACAUUUUGUCAACUGGCCAUUUUCAAGGUGUUUCAGUUCCCAUAGCUGUAUGUGUGCAGUAUAUAUAUAUAUAUAUGUAGAUGUAUGGGUAUAUACUAUAUAGGUACAAAAGCUGUCACUGUGGUACAUUUUAGGUACUAAUAUGUAACUUUAAAGGAGACCUGUUAUGCCUCUUUGUACAGGAUGUAAAAUAAGUCCCUACUGGACGUCCCUAGAGUCUGUAUGUGAAGUUUCAGCUCAAAAUACCACACAAAUACUGUUUUAUAACUCUUUGAAACUGACCCUUAUAGAUCCUAAUUGUGGCGUUUUGGCGACUGUCGCUUUAAAUUCAACUGAGAUUGGGCUCUUAUCUAUGAAUGCUUAUGUGUCAGCAUAGUGGCAAAUUCCAAACUCUAAUGGCAGACGGCUGCUUCUCACUCAGGGCUGUCUUUGCUAAUAAGUAGGGCCAGACAGAAUCUGCGGACAUUUUCUGCUAUUUCUGCUGAGAAUUUUGAUAAAAAUCUGCGGAUAUCUGCUGA